AUGUCAUCUUCGUCUUCGUUUAACGCAAAUAAAUGGUUAGAAACCGCGAUAUCAGAAAAUCAAAUAAAAUUUUUUGAUUAUAAAGGGUUUAUUGAUAUCAAUGUAAUCGGACAUGGAGCGUUCGGCGAAGUAUAUAAAUCAAAAUUGAAAAAAGAUGGAAGAACAUUCGCUAUGAAAUGCCUUUACAUAAAAAAAGGACAAAGCAAAGAGAAUUCUUGUAUACAAUUUAUUAAAGAA